CUCGUGCGCCCAGACGAUCCAGAGCGGCGGACGGGUGCGGUCUGGAAACCUGCAUUGUCAUACUUCGAUCGCCACGGACGCCAAGGCAUAUCUGUAGUUGGUUUCUUCAAUAAUACUUUAAUACAAAAAAAAUCGUUCGACCGGUAAUACCACAAAUCUACAAGCAUAAUGGAAGACUUCAAUGGAUUGGAGAAGCGGUUCGUGGCUCAACACAAAUUGCAGCUCGAAAACUCGGGUGUGCCAAAGCAUUUGUGGCCAACUGUAUUCAAGAAGCUGCAGGGACAGGUG